CAUACAACAGCGUGUUACACUGACAACAAGGCGAGAGAAUGAAAAUAGAAAAAGAGAAAAAAAAGUGUGGUUGUCCAUUUCCUGUAAACCUUUUGUCUGCUAAUGCUGAGAGUAAGAACUAGGAAGAGAAACUCAAUGCUCGCCGUUCAGCCUAGUCAUCAGUAGUGCAGAGGAGAUCUCUCAGUUUUCCCCUGCCUUCGACUGUACGUUUUUAACGGUUUGUUUAGACGGCGUAUGAGGCCAUGAGGCGAGCCGCGAAGGGGAAAGCUCAGGAGUGUUCGGGCAGCUCUUUGCUCAGUAUACAAGAGAAUGAGAAGCUGGAGGAUCUGCUGGGCAGGAGGUGUGUGUCUCUGUCCUCAGCGGUUGUGCAGUUGCUUAUGGCUCUUCCGAGCGACCCGAAUCGAUGGACACCACAACAAUCUGGAGUUGUUUGUUUCGUCAAGGACAGUUCUCUGCGCUCCUUUUUCAUCCGUCUCUACGACAUCAAGGCAGGGAAGCUGGUGUGGGAACAGGAAAUCUAUAACCAGUUGAUGUACCAAAAGACUAAACCCUUUUUCCACACUUUCCCUGGAGAUGACUGUCAAGUGGGUUUAAACUUUGCAGAUGUAAUAGAGGCUGAAAAUUUCUUUGCUGUAGUGGAGGACAAGAUCAUGCAGAGAAAUAAUCGCUUCGCGGAGAAACAGCAGAGAAAAGGAUCAGAAACAAGAGAUCGUGGAGCAUUGCCACCACUUCCUCCACCAAAUGCGGUACCAAGUAAUGUGCAGAACCAAAUCAUCCCAACCAAAUCAAAGAAAGAAAAGAAAGAAAAAGAAAAGAAAAGUAAAAACAAAAAAGGAUCAAAACUGUUAAAGGGUGAUAUUGGAGCACCAAGUGGGUUUACGCAUGUCAGUCAUCUUGGCAUGGCUGGCAAUAGCAUAGACCCAGACGUGAAGAAACUUCUGUCCUGCGCUGGGAUCAGUGAAGCAGCUAUGGAAGAUUCAGAAACCUCUCAACUCAUCUAUGAUGUCAUCGAGCGUUCAGGUGGAAUGGAGGCUCUUAAAAAGGAAAUGAGCCAGCAGGAGUCUUCUCGCCCUCCUGUUCCAAGUGGACAUCGAGGCUCCCUUCCUCAAGUUCCAUCCGGGUCAGCACCACCACCUUUGCCACAAGGUAGAAUGGGGCCUCUACCACCUGUCCCAGGUCAGGGUUCUGCUCCACCUUCCCAAAGAGGCUCCCUUCCACCCACACCUCCAAGAGCAGCGGGAUCAGCACCACCCCCUGGUGGACUUCUGCCAGCCCGCUCUGCAUCAUUAGGGCCCCUACCAAAUGUUCCUCCCGGAGGGCGUACUGGGCCUUUGCCUCAACCUCCAGGACCUCGAAGUGGACCCUUACCACCUCCACCUACGAAUCGAAGUGGAGGCUUGCCACCACCACUCCCAGGUGAACGUAGGGAGUCUUUAGCCCCGCUUCCAGGAAAGAGACCUGGGGCACAAGGGUCCGAAAGGCGAGGUAAUUCCCUGCCGCCACAACCUGCUCAGACUCGACCACCACUACCUCCAGGAGCAAGAAGUUCCCCCUUACCUCCACCUCAGAGAGACAAUAGUGAAUUCUUACCACCUCCACUGGAAUCUGAAAUGCCUCCUCCACCUUCUGAUUUCUUCCCUCCUCCACCUUGUGAUUCGUUUCUCCCCCCUCCUCCUGACGACUUUGUUAAUUCUAUGCCUCCACCUCAUCCCUCUCAAUCCAACUUUCCUUCCCGAAACAUUUCCUCUGGCUACGCACCUCCACCCCCACCAAUCUCCUCCAAACCCAGUGGAGGCGGCCCACCACCUCCACCUCCUCCUCCCGCAGCUCCUCCUCCACCACCAGCUGCUCCUCCUCCAAUGAACUUUGGAAGCAGUCCCUCUUCUGCAGCUGCUCCUCCAGCAUCCAGCGGUGAGGAAGGAGGAAGAGGAGCAUUACUAGCCCAGAUCCAAACAGGAAUGAAGCUGAAAAAGGUUACUGCCAGCCAAGAACCGCCUUCACCUGCUCAAGAUUCAGGAGAGGGAAUAGUUGGAGCUCUCAUGAUGGUGAUGCAGAAAAGGAGUAAAGUCAUCCAUUCAUCCGAUGAGGAUGAUGAAUUCGACGAUGAAGACGAUGAUGAUGAAGAGUGGGAUUAAUUGUGAUCUUAUUGAAUUUUUCUUCCAAGUGUGUCAGUAGGUUUGUUUUGGAAAUAAACAACACUGAUUCAGUGAGUGUUUUCUCAGGAGAUGAAAAUGCAAAUUCAAUGCAUUUUUCUCUAGGCACCUUCACCGAUAUUCCACUUUAGAUCGAUGAAGUACAGAAAAAUUAUACUAUUAUUUAAAUAAUAAUAUACAACAAAGCCAAAAACAAAAUGCAAACAAACAAAUGUUAGGGUCAGCUUGAAUUGAUUGGGAUUUUAAGCUUAUCACACCAUUUUUCAUUAGUACGAAAACAGGGUAUUUAUUUAGAAAUUUAAUAAACAUUGCAUUUGGAGGGAGCACAAGAUGACGGCAAGAAAAAUUAAAUAAAAAUAGCAAUUAAAAUUACAUCUCCAUUAGUGAACAUAUUGAACAUAAUAAUAAUAGACCUGCUGCCAAAGUAUAUAUGAUGCUAACGUAGAGUACUGUAAAGAGCAGUGGUCGCUAACCUGCUGAUCAUGAUCGACUGGAUGAUCUUUAUCACUCCCCUGGUAGAUCCUGAAAAUGACAGAAGAAUAAGUACAAGAAAUGCAUCUCGAGUGAUGCUUCUCUCUUUAUUUUGUUUGAACCAACUGCUGAUUUUAUUUUCAUUAUUGGUAACUGCAGCAAACGUCGAUAUACAGCUCCUCAUAUAACAUCCCACACCAGCAAGGUGUAUGGCCUUAUAUAAUAAGGCUCACGUUUUACAUUUGCACCUACAGCACCGAGUUAAAAACAUCUCAGCUUUUUUUUUUUUUUUUUUAAAUAUCUAAACUGUGAAAAUGCAAGGCAGAUAAGCAGCACACAAAACUCUGACUGCUAAUAAACAACUUUAAAAUGGCUCCUCUCUCUUCAAACAACAUGUUCGGUGUGAUCUGGGCUCUGAGCUUCCACGAUAUGUUCAGCAGUUUGCCUUUAUAACAUUGUGAAUUAAUGCUGCCAACUAUUGUACAAAACAUUUGCUGAAUUAAAUUAUGAUGUUUUAGUA